CAGAGAAUGACGAAAUGGGCUGCGUUGAAAUAAUCGCAACAGCGAUUUCCAUCAUUGUUAUGGUACUCACCUUUCCCAUCUCCGUAUUUGUGUGCUUCAAAGUUGUCUCUGAAUAUGAGCGUGCCGUAAUCUUUCGCAUGGGUCGGCUACGCAGUGGUGGCGCUCGUGGUCCUGGCGUCUUCUUCGUGCUACCCUGCGUAGAUGAAUAUUGCAAAGUGGAUCUUCGUACAGUUUCGUUUGAUGUGCCACCACAAGAAGUGUUAUCCAAGGAUUCGGUUACUGUGACUGUAGAUGCAGUGGUUUAUUAUCGCAUCAGCGAUCCUCUCAAAGCUGUAAUACAAGUGUCCAAUUAUAGCCACUCAACGCGUUUGCUAGCUGCCACAACACUGCGCAAUGUCCUAGGUACUCGAAAUUUGUCCGAACUGUUGACGGAGCGCGAAACUAUUUCGCAUACAAUGCAAGUUUCGCUAGAUGAAGCAACCGAUCCAUGGGGAGUGAAAGUCGAACGUGUAGAAAUCAAGGACGUAUCUCUACCAACCGCUUUACAGCGCGCCAUGGCAGCCGAAGCCGAGGCAGCUCGGGAGGCGCGCGCAAAAGUGAUCGCGGCUGAAGGUGAAAUGAAGUCAUCGCGGGCAUUGAAGGAAGCUUCAGAGAUUAUUUCUGCGAGCCCAUCAGCAUUACAGAAAAUUUUAAGCCUCGUGACGGAUGUGCCCAAUCUAAGCGAAACGCAGCAACGGCAGCAGUAG